AUAGAUUUUCAGGGAAGGACAUAAAAUUUUCAGGGAAGGACAUAGGAUCUGGAAAUUCUCUAUCAAGGACUUUUCCCACCUGACUAUAAAUACCUUGAUAUUUUGCUUCAUGCACCAUUCAACUUCUUUUAAUAUCACUAUACAUUGUUUUUUCGUUUAGAUAUUUGGGGUUCGCUUCUCUUUUCAUUCAAGAUGACUAUCCUCAUUGAUCAACCUGAUUUUGGAAUUGAAGCAGGGUUUAACAAGGCCGAUGAUGUUGAGAAAGAAGGGGUGUUGCAUGGGGGAUUUAUGAUGCCACAUACCAACUCUUUUGGCCACACCUUUAGAGAUUAUCAUGUUGAAAGUGAGAGGCAACAGGGUGUUGAGACCUUCUAUCGAACCAAUCAUAUCAACCAGACAUAUGACUUUGUCAAGAGAAUGAGAGAAGAGUACGGAAAUUUAGACAGGGUGGAGAUGAGCAUAUGGGAAUGCUGUGAGCUUCUUAAUGAUGUGGUUGAUGAGAGUGACCCUGACUUGGAUGAGCCUCAGACUGAACACUUGCUGCAAACAGCUGAGGCUAUCCGAAAGGACUAUCCUGAUGAGGACUGGCUGCACCUCACAGGCCUUAUCCAUGACCUUGGAAAAGUGCUUCUUCAUCCUAGCUUUGGAGGGCUUCCUCAGUGGGCUGUUGUAGGUGAUACAUAUCCUGUUGGCUGUGCUUUUGACAAAUCAAUUGUUCACCACAAGUAUUUUGAGGAAAAUCCAGACUACCACAACCCUGCUUACAACACUAAAUAUGGAGUGUACUCAGAGGGCUGUGGACUUAACAAUGUUAUGAUGUCAUGGGGGCAUGAUGACUACAUGUAUCUGGUGGCUAAAGAGAACAAAACAACUCUGCCAUCAGCAGCUCUUUUCAUUAUCAGAUACCAUUCAUUCUAUGCCUUGCAUAGGUCAGGGGCAUACAAGCAACUGAUGAACGGGGAGGAUGUCGAGAAUCUCAAGUGGCUCGAAAUAUUCAACAAAUAUGAUCUUUACAGUAAGAGCAAAGUUCGGAUCGAUGUCGAAAAGGUGAAGCCAUACUAUCUCUCCCUCAUAGAAAAGUACUUCCCAGCAAAACUAAGAUGGUGAAUCCUUGUUCUUUCUCACUCGCCACUUCAAUUCCUGGGCAGCUGGGCUCUAAGACGGUCAACUAGCUAGCGUGCUUGUAUAUAGAGAAUAAUUUGAUGACUGAGAUGUUAUCAUAGUUGCUUUGCCAACAGCCUGUAUAAAAAAUAAUGGCUGCAAUGAGUUUAUCUAUUUGCCUUGUCAUGAAAGUAAUUCUAGCGUUUCAACAAUUGUCCACCAAUAUUAUUUGAUAUCUAUCGUAUCAAACUUAUUUCUGUA